AUGGCCCUUCCAUGUCGUGUCUUGUCUUCUUCAUUGAGCAUGCUGGGCUUGCUUGCCAAUGUUGUGGUGGGUUUGCGCAGCUCCCAGGACACUGUGAGAAGCAGAGUAGCGCAGAGAAUCGCCAUGAAGCCGAAUCAACGGAGGACUGAUGCUCAUCACCCGCCUUCUCCAACGCAAGCCUCCUUCAUUCUCACUCUUUCUCUCCCAUUCAUCGCCGUUGCUGCCAUGGUAUUGAUCCCUUCAUCACCCUUUAAAAAUAGCCUCUCUAUUCUGCACCAAGUCCCGGAAGGCCGUGUGGGCGUAUAUUGGAGAGGAGGUGCUCUGCUGAAAACAAUUACAGAACCAGGUUUUCACUUAAAGAUGCCUUUCAUAACACAGUAUAAGCUUGUUCAAGUGACACUCAAGACAAAUAUGGUGACAGGCAUACAGUGUGGUACUAAAGGAGGUUUCAUGAUUAAUUUUGAGAAGAUAGAAGUUGUAAACCGACUUUAUAAGGAAUAUGUCUAUGAGACAUUGCUCAAUUAUGGGAUGCAUUAUGACAAGACAUGGAUAUAUGACAAGAUUCAUCAUGAGAUUAAUCAGUUCUGCAGUUCUCAUAAUUUUCAACAGGUCUAUAUUGAUGUUUUUGAUCAGAUUGGUAACAAGAUGAAAGACGCUCUUCACGCUGAUUGCACCCGUUAUGCUCCAGGCAUUGAAGUUAUCAGUGUUCAUGUCACAAAACCAACCAUUCCAGAUAGCAUCAGACGCAACUUUGAGCAAACGGAAGAGGAACGCUCUAAGGUCUUAGUUGUUACUGAAAGACAGAAAGUAGCCGAGAAGGAGGCAGAGACAGCGAAGAAGGUGGCUAUUAUUGAGGCUGAGAAAAAUGCCAAUGUUAGCAAGAUCCUCAUGGAGCAGAAGUUGGCGGAAAAAGAAGCUUCCGGGCGCCAGCAACAACUUGAGAAUCGUAUGCACCUCGAACGUGAGAAGAGCCUGGCAGAUGCGUAUCUCUACCGUGCAACAAAAGAGGCUGAAGCAAACAGGUUGAGGCUAACCCCCAAAUUUCUCGUGCUUAAAUUCAUCGAGGCCACUGCUAAUAAUACCAAGACAAGCUCUGGGAAUAAGAUGUCUCGCCUCUGUCCAUUCCUCGUCACCGUGUUUCAAGCUUUUCCGGGACUCAUUUCCUCUGUUAUCAUUCUUUGCUCGUCCCUCUCCGCCAUUCGUUGUUCUGUGAGUGGGCAGGUGGCACAGAGAAUCGUCAUGAAGCCAAAUAAACAGAGGACUGAUGCUCAUCAGCCACCUUCUCCAACGCAAGCCCCCUCCAUUCUCACUCUUUUACUCUCAUUCAUCGCCGUCGCUGCCAUGGUAACCUUCACCUUCUCUCUCACUGUUGCAUCUGCUGAACUGCUGUGUAUAUGUAUACUCCGCUUUGUUCUUCCAUUCUGCAUCUCACUUUGA